ACAAAGAAAGUCGUAGAUUUUGAUCAAUGGCCAUGGCGUGGGCAACCAAAUUAUUCUUCAUCUUUCUCUUGUCCAUCUUCACUAUCGAUCCCAUCUCAAGCCACAAGCAGCACCCACUAGACCCUCUAAGCCCAGAAGAACUAAACCUCACCCAAACCAUUGUGAAGGACUCGUUCCCUUCCUCAAACAACACCACCUUAACCUUCCACUACGUCGGCUUAGAUGAGCCUGACAAACCCUUUCUUCUUUCCUGGCUAUCCAAACCCACCAAUAAACCCCCGCCCCGACGAGCUCUAGCCAUCACUCGGUUCAAUAAACAAACCCAUGAAUUUAUAAUAGACUUAGCAAAUCGCUCAAUCAUAUCUAACCAUGUUUAUGCCGGAUAUGGCUACCCUACACUUGGUAUAGAUGAACAAACAGAAGCAAUUCAGUUGCCAUUAACGUAUGACCCCUUUAUUGGAUCCAUUAGAAAGAGAGGUCUUAACUUAUCUGCCAUUGUUUGUUCUUCAUUUACAGUUGGGUGGUUUGGAAGAGUUAGGAACAGGAGGGUGGUGAAGUUACAGUGUUUUCAUAUGAAUGACACUGUUAAUUUGUACCUUCUUCCAAUAGAAGGAAUCCAAAUAAUUGUUGAUCUUGAGGAAAUGAAGAUUGUUGAAUAUAAUGACAGUUUUAAGGUUCCAGUUCCAAAUUCUGAGGGAACCGACUAUAGAUUAUCUAAGCAGAAGCCGCCUUUUGGUCCACGUAUAAAUCGAGCUGCCAUCAUGCAACCUGAUGGACCUGGAUUCCAUAUUGAUGGCCAUACCAUCAGAUGGGUGAACUGGGUGUUCCAUUUGUCAUUUGAUGCACGAGUUGGUCCAAUGAUAUCUCUAGCAUCCAUUUAUGAUUCAGAAAAACACAAGUAUCGCAGUGUAUUGUACAGAGGACAUAUAUCUGAGCUCUUUGUGCCGUACCAGGAUCCAACGGAGGACUAUUACUUCAAAACCUUUUUCGAUUGUGGUGAAUUCGGGUUCGGUCUAUCUGCAGCUUCAUUAGUGCCACUAGCAGAUUGCCCCAAUAAUGCAGUAUUCAUGGAUGGGUACUACGCUGGACAAAAUGGCAUACCAGUUAAAGUUUCAAAUGUCUUUUGCAUAUUUGAAAGGCAUGCAGGUGAUAUCAUGUGGAGACACACUGAAUUCGGCAUUCCUGAUGUAUCGAUAACUGAGGCAAGGCCAGAGGUGAGCCUAGUUGUGAGGAUGGUUGCCACAAUCGGAAACUAUGAUCAUAUACUAGACUGGGAAUUCAAGCCAAGUGGUUCUAUCAACAUUCAGGUUGGUUUGAGUGGAAUUCUAGGAGUAAAGGCAGCAACAUAUACUCAUUCAGAUCAGAUUAACGAGGAUGUUUAUGGGACACUGUUAGCAGAUAAUACCAUUGGCUUGCAUCAUGAUCAUUUCUUGACCUACCGUCUUGAUGUUGACAUUGAUGGUGUUGAUAAUUCAUUCAUUAAGCAUAAUUUGAUAACAAAAACAGUGACAGAUAAUACCACAGCAAGGAAAAGUUACUGGACAGUUGUUAGUGAAACAGCUAAGACUGAAUCCGAGGCAAAAAUUCGUUUAGGCCUAAAGCCCGCUGAAUUGGUGAUUGUGAAUCCGAACAAGAAAACUAAACCUGGAAAUAGUUAUGGUUAUCGUCUGAUACCGGGGCCGGAGGCACAUUCACUUCUGUUAGAGGAUGAUUACCCACAAAUACGAGGUGCUUUUACCAAAUAUAAUGUGUGGGUUACUCCAUAUAACAAAUCUGAAAAAUGGGCAGGGGGACGCUAUGUUGAUCAAAGCCAUGGCCAAGAUACAUUAGCUGUUUGGAGCCUCAGGAACAGGGAGAUUGAUAACAAGGACAUAGUGUUAUGGUAUGUUAUUGGAAUCCACCAUGUCCCUUGCCAAGAAGACUUUCCGGUGAUGCCAACAUUGAGCUCUGGAUUUGAGCUUCGACCCACUAAUUUCUUUGAACGCAGUGCUGUGUUGAAGGUGAUACCUCCUAAGCCAGUAAUUUGGCCUAACUACAGCGCCAGCCCUUAAUCUGCGUCUGCUGUUGAAUCCUGCUUGCAGAAAGAGCGAAUGGAAAUGUAACUUGUUCAUGAUUCAACUUUCAAUAAAAUUUCUAAGAAAUAAUUUAGCUAGGGUCAUGAGUGUCCAAAUAUUAAUAUAAUAUCAAAUCGAGUUUAUUUUCUUGCCUA